AUGACCAGUGAUAUGGAAGCAGAGCAUAUCUCUACCCAUCUGGAGACUCUGAAACCGAAUCCAGAUACUUUUCAAGAAACGAACUUUAUAGAAAUGGGAUCAAAUGAGCCUCUUGCUCAGCAUAUGUCAGCUUCAGAAGAGCUUGUGGCUUCCACGAGUAGCAUCCUGGAGUUGCCGAAAGUCGAAACAUUUGAGCCAGAGCACACCUCUUUGCAGUCUUCUCUUUCGGUUGAUUCUCAGUCUUUGAUGCCACAGUUGCAACCUUGGUCACUAGCUAGAUGCACUAGCCAAAGGUCAUUGCCGCUGGGAAGGAAGCGGAAGACACCACCAGAGUCUACUCUCAGUGGCUCUGCAUCCGAGAGUAUUGAUGCAUCUAACAAGCGAGUAGAGCCAGUGCAUCACAGACCAUGGCUUGAACAAUUCUAUUCAGCAAGUAUUCAACCAGCUGCUUCUCUUUCUCCGAAGACAGAACAUCCACCAAUGCUUGCUAAGAAAGUGAGGCAAACGGAACCUGCUUCCCAAAAAUCUGGGAGGCAAGCGAUGAGCAAGAAACAAACAGGCGCAACGAAAACACUGAAUGAAGGAAACGAGUCUUUGAGAUCGAAAAUGAAAGAAUCAUUAGCAGCUGCCUUGGCUUUGGUUCUGGAGCAUGAGGAAUCUCCGAAAGAGAAUAAGAAUGCAGAAACUGAAGAAGCUAUUGUUUCAGUAGCUGAAAGUAAUGAGCCUGCCUCAGCUGAAGGCAUCACGCCAAGGGAUGAAGAUUCUGAGAAGAAGGACGGCGAUGGAAUAAUUUUGCCGCAAGAGACUUCCAAUGACACCAAGAUGAAUUAUGUUGAUCAGUCUGAUGUAGAGAAAACUCAAUUUGACGAGGUUUUCCACUGUGAUGAUGUUCCUUUUAGCAGUAGUAUCUUUUCGAGCGAUGAGCUUUUACAGGGUAAUGGCCUCUCGUGGGUUUUGGAACCUGUUUUAGAUCUUGCGGAUAAUGAAACUGGUGGAGAAAAAGCGUCUGAGGAUCCAAACCUCUUGGCAUCUAGAAUUGAGUUGGAACUGUUUAAGCUGUUUGGAGGUGUGAACAAGAAGUACAAAGAGAAGGGAAGGUCUCUCCUGUUCAAUUUGAAGGACAAGAACAAUCCUGAGCUAAGAGAAAGUGUCAUGUCCGGGAAGAUCUCUCCGGAGCGGUUGUGUUCUAUGACGGCUGAGGAACUUGCAUCUAAGGAGCUUUCUCAGUGGCGACAAGCGAAAGCAGAAGAGAUGGCUGAUAUGGUUGUCCUGCGGGAUACAGACGUUGAUGUCAGAAGUCUGGUGAGGAAGACGCAUAAAGGUGAGUUUCAAGUAGAGAUUGAUCCUGUUGACACUGUGACAGUGGAUGUCUCUUCUGGAAUUACCUCACGUAGUAAACCACGAGGCAAGAACAGAUCGGCGAAAUCAUCUAACCCUGCCAAAUCCACUCUGAAGAAAAAUGAUGAGAACACAAAAUCCGACCAGGGAACAUCAUCUGAUACGACUCUGCCAUCAACCGAGGAGAUUGAUCCAAUGCAUGGUCUGUCAAUGGAUGAUGAGAUGAAAGAUGUGGGAUUUCUUCCUCCAAUAGUAUCGCUUGAUGAGUUCAUGGAGUCACUGAACUCAGAACCUCCAUUUGGAAGCCCAGAACAUGGAAAUGCUGUAAAGGAGGAAGAGCCUGCAUCUGAGAAGAGUGAGUUAGAAGUUGGGCCACAUUCAGAAUCUCCUAAGCAGUCUCCAAAGGAACCCUGUAAGAGCGUCUCUCCUACAACAAAACUCGGAAAUAGUAAUGUAACAUCCCCAAAACCGGAUCCUGGUGUCGUACUCGAUGCUGAUGUCUCCAAACCUGAAAAAGCACUUCUGGUUGAUAGCUUAAAAGUGGACCGAAUAUGGGAUGGUAUACUGCAGCUUAGCGUCUCUUCUCUUGUCUCGGUCACCGGAAUUUUCAAGAGUGGUGAGAAAGCAAAGACAAGCGAGUGGCCAGCGCUGGUGGAGGUAAAGGGUAGAGUGAGACUCAGUGCGUUUGGGAAGUUUGUACAAGAGCUUCCGUUGUCUCGAAGCCGUGUCCUAAUGGUAAUGAAUGUGGUUUGCAAGGAUGGUAUCUCUCAGAGCCAACGUGACAGCCUUUUUGAGGUUGCCAAGUCGUACGUUGCUGACCAAAGAGUUGGUUACGCAGAACCAACCUCAGGCGUCGAGCUUUACCUCUGCCCGCCACGUGGAGAAACCUUAGAUUUGCUGAGCAAAAUCAUCUCCAAGGACCAUCUCGAUGAGGUCAAGUGUUCAGACAAUAUUGGAUUGAUCGGCGUUGUUGUGUGGAGGCGUACGGUCGCAUCUCCUAGCUCACGCCAUAAGCCAGGAUCCAAACGUCAGCACUCUUCUUCAGGCACUAAGAGCUCUGUGUUGGCUCCUGAGAAGAAAAAUCCUAGAAGUGUGAAUGUUACGAAUCAUCCUCCUCCUCCUCCUGUUGUUGCUGUUGCAUCCGUGAGGAUUCAUGGUUUAGGUGGUCUCGUUGGUGAUGAAGACGACUUGCCACCUGGAUUUGGCCCUGUAGCUGCAAAAGACGACGAUGACUUACCGGAAUUUAACUUCAAUGCCUCCAGUGGACCGGUUGCUUCUUCUCCCCGACCACCUCCUCAGUCCCGGUCGAUGGAUCAAGUAAGGGAGCUCAUACUCAAGUAUGGAAACUCAGCAGGUAGUGGUAGUAAACGAACAUGGAAUAAUCAUGACGAUGAUGACGACGACGACAUUCCUGAAUGGCAACCGCAAGUCUCAGGCCCCCAGAUUCAACCACCACCACCUCCUCCUCCUGGCUUCAAAACAGAGAUGAAUCCUCAAAUCCAUAGCAGAACCGUCGCCAGACCAUCGGAUGGAUGGAGAGCCAAUCAAAACGACCCUAGGCAACAACAGUACAGUGCUCGUAGGAACAGAGGAUUUUGA